GGGGCGACGCAACGCAACGGCACAACACAAACGCACGCAACGCCGUACCCGCAUAUGAAAGCCCACGUACGCUAAAAACAACCAUGGGCGCCGAGGCGGCGGCAGCAGCAGCGCCUCUGCUGCAUCUGCAUGAGGCGGCGGCCGUCGCGAGCUCGCUGCAGCCGCACGUGGCCCUGGCCUUCUUCGCGCUGGCGGCGUGCACCGUGGCGCUGGCCUUGCUCCUGGCCGCGGCGCGGAUGCGGCCGCCCUGGUGGUGCGACUGCGCGGUGUGCGAGGCGUACCUGACGGCGUCGUGGUCGGGCGAGUUCGACAACCUCUGCGACUGGUACGCGCACCUGCUGCGCCGCUCCCCGGCGCAGACGGUCCACGUGCACGUGCUCCGCAACGUGCUCACCGCGAACCCGGCCGCCGUCGACCACAUGCUGCGCGCCCGCUUCGACAACUACCCCAAGGGCGCGCCCUUCUCCGCCAUCCUCGCCGACUUCCUCGGCCGCGGCAUCUUCAACGUCGACGGCGACGCCUGGCUCUUCCAGCGCAAGCUCGCCGCCGCCGAGCUCGCCUCCCCGGCGCUCAGAGCUUUCGCGGCCAACGUCGUGUCCUCCGAGCUGCGCACCCGGCUCCUUCCCCUGCUUCACUCUGCUUCCUCCCAGUCCCACGAGGACAACAACAAGGUGCUCGACCUGCAGGACGUGUUCCGGCGCUUCGCGUUCGACUGCAUAUGCAAGAUCUCCUUCGGCCUCGACCCGGGCUGCCUCGAGCUGUCGAUGCCGGUGCUGGCGUUCGUGGACGCCUUCGACACGGCCUCCAUGCUGUCCGCGCGGCGCGCCACCGUGCCCAUGCAGAUCAUAUGGAGGCUGAAGCGGCUGUUCAACGUCGGGGACGAGAGGAGGCUUCGCGACGCGGUACGCCUCGUGGACGCCUUCGCCACGGAGGUCAUCCGGCAGCGGCACAAGCUGGGCGGCGCGGCCUCCGGCAGCGACCUCCUGUCGCGGUUCAUGGGCUCCAUCAGCGACGACAAGUACCUCAGGGACAUCGUCGUCAGCUUCAUGCUCGCCGGCCGCGACACCGUGGCCUCGGCGCUCACCGCCUUCUUCCUGCUCCUCUCCGAUCACCCGGAGACCGCCGCCGCGAUCCGGGACGAGGUCUCGCGCGUGGCCGGCGACGAUUACGACGACGACCGGCCGAGCUUCGGCAGGCUCAAGGACAUGCACUACGUGCACGCGGCGCUGUACGAGAGCAUGCGGCUGUUCCCGCCGGUGCAGUUCGACUCCAAGUUCGCCGCGGGGGACGACACGCUCCCGGACGGCACGGCCGUGGCCAAGGGCACCCGGGUCACCUACCACGCCUACGCCAUGGGCCGGAUGGAGUCCGUGUGGGGGCGCGACUGCGGCGAGUUCAGGCCCGAGCGGUGGCUCCGCGACGGGCAGUUCGUCCCGGUCAGCCCGUACCGCUACCCGGUGUUCCAGGCCGGGGUGCGCGUCUGCGUGGGCAAGGACCUCGCGCUCAUGGAGAUGAAGGCCGUCAUCGUCGCCGUCGUCCGGGGCUUCGACAUCGAGGCGAUCGCGCGGAGCUCGCGCCGCCCGAAGUUCGCGCCGGGGCUCACGGCCACGUUCGCUGGCGGCCUGCCGGUCAGAGUUCGACGGCGGGCGAAGCACAGCCCACCAAUCGUCUAAUAAAACAAUUGUUCGUGUCACCAAGAUUUGUUCUUGUUCGCCUCCUUUUUUUCUCUCCCCCUCUCGCUCGCCGUUUCUUCUGAACGGAAUAUCUUAAAGGCAAGAAUCGUGCGCUAGAUUGUGUGAGCUGCUGUCAAAUUAUGAGCAAUGACUCCGUCGCCACUC